UUAACUCCACAUAAUAGUCUAGAACUUUGACAAGCAUGCGCUCUUAAUGAGCAAAUAUUGCACUAUUAAAGAAGAAAUUAAAAAUAGGCCUAAAAUGCAGGCAAAUAUUUCAGCAGUAUGUCCAUCAGCAUUUGCUGGUACAAGUGGUGGUUUAUUUCUCAACGCUAUUACUACUGUGAUAACUGCUCACUGUACAAUCUUCGAUGACUACCGUUGGCCAGAAGACAAUUCUCAGAAAAUUCUGGAAAACUCCGAAGCUUUCUAUGAUUAUAUUGUAAUAGGCGCAGGAUCUGCAGGAUCUUUAGUGGCUAGUCAACUUUCAAAGGCAAAAAUAGGAUCUGUAUUGCUGAUAGAAGCAGGAGAUGACCCUGGAAUCGACAGUGAGAUACCUGCAUUUUUAUUCCUCAAUCAUAACUCGGACAUUGAUUGGUACUACAAAACAUUGUCCAGUGAAAAAAGCUGCUUAGGUUUUGUAAAUGAGAGCUGCAUUUGGAGUAAAGGUCGCGGUAUGGGUGGAUCUAGCUCCAUUAAUGCAAUGAUUUAUGUCAGAGGUCAUCCAAAAGAUUUUGAAGAAUGGGAAGAGUUAAACCCAGAAUGGGGCUAUGACAACUUGUUAAAAUAUUUUGAGAAACAGGAGCAUUUAUUCGACUUUUCUACUGCGGAUUCUGACAGCUAUAAAAAUCAUUGGUACGAUGUGAUCGACAAUGCGUGGAAGGAAUUAGGGUUCAAAUCGUAUAAUUAUGAGGGCGAUGAAUGUUUAAUAGGUACCAAAAAAGCAAAAUUAGUUACGAGGCAUGGCAAACGUUUGAAUACAGCUAAAGUUUAUUUAGUUGGCACGAAGCAAUUACAUAUCAUGAAGAAUACAUUGGCCAACAAAAUAAUUAUAGACAAGAAGAAUCAGCGAGCAGUUGGUGUUGAAAUAAGCCAUAAAAAUGGAGAUGUGAUGAAGAUAAUGGCUAAUAAAGAGAUAAUUCUGUCUGCAGGAUCCAUUGCCACACCACAGAUUCUUAUGCAGUCUGGAAUCGGACCCAAACGUCACCUAGAUACAAUAGGCAUUAAAAACAUUAUUAAUCUGCCUGUCGGCGAAAACCUACAAGACCAUUUGUUAUUACCAUUGUUUCUAAAAACAAAUUUAAAUGUUGAAUUGCCAAUGAAAGCGGUAACUUCUUCAUUGCUCCAAUAUAUGCUUACUAAGACCGGCCCGUUUUCAAAAAUUGGUAUAACAGAUUUCACCGGUUUCAUAGACACGAGAAAUGUAUCAGAUUACCCUGAUAUUCAGUUUCAUCAUACAUAUUUUACAAAAAAAGAUGUAUUUACACUAAAACCCUAUCUAGAAGGCAUCAGUUAUAAAAGAGAAAUCAUUGAAGCAAUCGAGGCAUUGAACGCUGAACACGAUCUAAUCGGUAUUUAUCCUACAUUAUUACAUCCGAAGUCUAAAGGUCGAAUUUUGUUAUCUAAAACACUACCUAGAGAGCCUUUAAUUAAUACCAAUUAUCUUGAUCAUGCAGACGAUAUGUUUUCUUUUCUAAAGGCUAUAGAGUUUGUUCACAAACUGGAGAAAACUCAAGCGUUCAAGGCCUAUGGGUUGGAAAUAUUGCAUUUAAAAAUACCAAAUUGUUCGAGGUAUUCAUUUGAUAGUGACGAUUAUUGGAAGUGUUACGUAAGACACAUGGCAACUACGAUUUAUCAUCCAGUUGGUAGUGCCAAAAUGGGACCAAAAGAAGAUAAAACAACAGUUGUCAACCAAAAUCUGCUAGUACACGGUAUUCAAAACCUCAGAGUUAUCGAUGCAAGUAUUAUGCCAACUAUACCAGGGGGGAAUACCAUGGCUUCCACACUAGCAGUAGCUCAAAAAGGUGUGGAUUUAAUCAUAAACCAAAAUACACAGAAAGACGAGCUGUAGAUAAAGAAAAAUGUUUUAUUUCAGCUAAUACUUACAUAAAUUUAUACAAUAAUGCAUUUUUCUGAAUAAAGUAAUAAUAACACAUAACUAAUUAAUAGUUACGUGUUUUAAUUUACCUGGUCGGUAAUUUAAAAAGGAAUUUUCGGUAAUUUACAUACCUACUUCGGGCCUAUAUUAUAUUAAACAUUGAAUAUAUCAGAAUGUAUUCCAUGCUUGCACGUUGGCCUUGUAGGAAUUUCGUUAGACGACACAGUGAAGAAAUUCCUUGACUUGCGUAUACGAGACCUGAUAUUAAGUAACACUUUCGGAGUAUAUAUUUUCUGCUAUUGAAUUAACAUUUUGAGUCACAGCAAAUAACUUGUAACUUGAGAUUCAAUCAAAUUUUAUGAGUUUUAUUUGUUGCGAACCUGUCCUUUCGGCAUUUUUGUAUUUAACUAUCUGACCCGGCAAACGCUGUUCUGUCUUACUUUUAUCAUUUAUUGAUAUGAAAAAUAGAUGUUGGCCGAUUCUCAGACCUACCCGGUAUGCACACAAAAUUUCAUGAG